GAUACGAGAGAUGUUAGAGAGCAGCCAUCAUCAUUUCACCUAAUUCAUGUCCAGUUUGAAAUGCUAAAAGGUAAGACGAUAAGGAAACGGAAAACUACGAUGGAGUAGGUCAAACCUCUACCGGUCUCAUCCUCUGUUGUUUCCCAAUUUAACCAGGAAGGCUUCAAACACCUGGUGUGACCUUUGCUGUCUGCUGCUAGUGACGAGGUGGAGCAACAAACCUGUUACUUGGGUUGCAGGAGAACAGUGCAGGAGAGGGUCUGAGGCUGAUUACUCCCCCCAUUAGUCUUUGAGGAGGGGGGAGUAGGCGGAGGAGGAAGAGGGAGCUGCUAUAACCACCCAGAGCAUGGGGCAAAAAGUCCCAGGUGGCAUUAAAACCAUUGAUAUGCGGGAUCCGGCGUUCAGCCCCCUGAAGCUGGAGCUACAGGCCCUGAGUCACACCAAGCCGUCUCGACUGGACCUGCUGCUGGACAUGCCACCCGCCAGCGGGGACGUCCAGGUCCAGCACUCGUGGAACAACGAUGACCGCUCCCUCAACAUCUUUGUCAAGGACGACAACAAGCUGGUGUUUCACAGGCACCCUGUGGCGCAGAGCACGGACGCCAUCCGAGGCCAUGUUGGCUAUACAAGGGGACUGCAUGUGUGGGAGAUUAGCUGGGCUAUGCGUCAGAGGGGCACGCACGCUGUGGUCGGAGUGGCUACAAGUGAUGCCCUGCUACACUCUGUGGGCUACACCGCUUUGGUAGGGAGCAACGCAGAGUCCUGGGGCUGGGAUCUGUGCAGGAGUAAACUCUACCACGACGGCAAGAAUCACCCAGGAAAGACCUACCCGGCCUUCCUCGAGCCAGACGACACCUUCAUAAUACCAGACUCCCUUUUAGUAGUCUUGGACAUGGAUGAGGGGACUCUGGGUUACAUAGUUGAUGGACAUUAUUUAGGGGUGGCAUUCAGAGGACUUAAGGGCAGGAAGCUGUACCCAGUGGUGAGCGCCGUGUGGGGACACUGUGAAAUAAGAAUCCGGUACAUAAAUGGACUUGAUCCUGAACCGCUCUCUCUGAUGGACCUGUGUAGGCGUUCGGUGAGGGUGGCAUUAGGAAGAGAACGUCUGUGUGAAAUCCAUAGAUUGCCCCUGCCGGCCUCUCUCAAGAACUACCUGCUCUACCAAUGACUGCGCUGACGGUCACACAACACUCAGCACACCCUCGUCUCUCUUUCUCAUGUUUCUCUGGGAUCCUUCUGGGGUUGAACCCGUUCGACGACAUUGCUCAAACCUCCAGGACUGACUCAGCCUUCAACAACUAUGCUCUGUCAGUGGCUGGGACACCUUUUUUGAGUUUCUUAUCCUGUUUUUAUGACUCUUUACAAUUGUAUUCUCUAACUUUAUAAAAUCAGGAAUCACUGAGCACUAUGCACAUGCUGAUCCAGACGAUGCCCUGACAGUCACCAUGUUGGUGUACCUCCACCAGUUGAUGCGGCACAUGUGGUCGGUAUCUCUGCUGUGUCCGCCGGAGUUUAUGAUUAUGAAUUUAUAUCUUGUAGCCUUUUUAAAUUGUUAUUGGUUGUGCUAAAACAAAAUUGUGUGAUGGAAAUCAAACUUUGAGAGUUGGUGCAGAAAUGCACUGCCAUCAUCUGGCCAUAAGGUGGCAGCACAUACGUCAACCUGUACAUCCUCUCACAUUGAGAAUUAUAACAUGAAAUCCUAGCUGCUUGUAGAAAUUAUGUUUUUAAUGGAUACUAAAUAAAAUUAUGGAACACAAAGGAGAUGCUGACCACUCUAUUGUGAGUCUGUAGUGUAGUGUGGAUGAAUGCACUGUGAGGCAGCUGCAGAGCAGCUCCGACUGCACUAUGUUCUCUGCAAUAUGGAAGUGUGCCCCAUUGCUUACCAUCAAGGCAUCCAACAGGAAUAACAUCAGCAGAAAUUUUAACGGAAGGAUAAUGUCACUGUGAUUAUUUGUAGCAUGCAUCUGCAGGAAAUCUCUCAAUACAAUCACAUCUUUUAAAAAAUAAAUCUGUCACUCCUGCUUUUUGUAGUGCAGUAGUUUUCAACCACUUGCUGACGGGGCCCAAGAGUGCUUUUUUUUUUUUUUUUUUUUUUUUUUUUUUUUUUAUUAUUCUCGAUCAGAUGAUUUCACUGGUUUGCACAUACCCAGCCAGAGAAUGGAAACUAACCAAUGAAAUAUCCACUGAAGUGGUUCUUUAUAAUGAAAACCUGCUACUCUUGGGUCUCACUGGCACAUAGCUGAGAACCAUUGAUGUAGUGUUUGUGUUUUAUGACAUGUAAAGGGGUUCGGGAAACAGACUAUGUAGGUGAACGGCGUAUGUGCCUGAAUCGGUGUACUUCAGAUUUAAGGCACUAUAUCGACAGAAAAAGACAAUCCACACAAAGUGCUGCACAAAUGUAAUAAAAGAUCAGAUUGUCCGAUGCCAUAUCAUAGACCUGUUGAUUAGUAUUUUUUUAAUGUGCAGACGAGGUCCUUAUUCAGCGCCCAGCUGGAUGCGGACACACUGUGCCACACCUUAUUUUCCUUGCUUGCAGCUUCCAUUUUAUUUGUAUUCCUUGUAGAUUUGUUUGUAUCUAUUAAAGUUUAUUUCAAAGU